UAUUCCUCCCCCAAUUUCGGAAGAAUUUUGCCCUAAUUUUAACCAGAAUGAUUUCUCAGUUGCCGCUCCAGCUAUACCUGUAAUAGACCUAAAAAUGGCGUCAAUUUGGACUGUGCGCCUUCAUUCUGCGCCAAUUGUCAAUCUUAGGUCGGAUUCAGGAAUUUUUUUGAAUUGCUGGAAUUGGAACCGAAGAAUUGUGUGCAGAAAGGUUGUGGUGAAAGCAGUAGGUUCUGACGAUGGCAAACGCUUCCAAAACGACGCCGUUGUGAGUGGGAAAUCGGAAAACGCCACGCGGAAGUUAGUUGCUAAAUUUCAUGAAUCGAUUGGCUCCCUCCCUGCAUUUGCCUCAUCGAUUGGGGAGCUUUCUCGAAUUAACAUUACGAUUGGAUUCUGCAUUGUAGCGACAAUUGUCGUUUUAGUGAUUAAAAGACACAAUGCGAGGAAAUCCAAUUAUAACUACCAGGGUUCUGUAGCUGAUCUUGUGCGCCGUGGACAGAUUAGAUCGGAUAGAAGAGGCAUCUCUGCCCCUCUCAAAUACGAAGACCCUUUCAACAACCCGAUGGUAAAGAUGAGCAAGACCAACUCAACCGUCGAGAUGUGUGGAAAAGUUUAUCGCCUGGCGCCAGUGGCGCUUACCGACGAGCUAAAAACCUCACAUCAGAAACGAAGAUCCCGCGCCUAUCAAUGGAAGAGGCCGAAAGUAUUCCUCAAGGAAGGUGAACCCAUACCUCCCGACGUCGACCCCGACACCAUCCGCUGGAUUCCUGCAAAUCACCCUUUUGCGACGACUUCCAGCGAUAUCGACGAAGACUUGGCCCAAAACAACGUGUACCAGAAACACGGCGUACCGUUCCGGAUCAAGGCCGAGCACGAAGCUCUUCAGAGAAAGCUCGAAGCACUUCAAAAUGAGCAAAAACUUGGAAAACUUGUAAUAGAUCCUGCUGCUGCCCGAGACUUCGAGAGGCCUCUGAAGCCACAUAUGAAACCCGAAAGUGAAUUAGACCAUAAUUCGCCUAAUCCUAAACCCGGUCCUAAUCCUCCCGUUUCUGAUCACACGAGUAAUCCGCCAUCGGAGGAGAUCCAAACCCCUUGAGUUUUUUUGUGCGAUAUGGUCGUGAUCGAAGCCCGGAAAAAGCUCGAGUCGAUCGAAAAAGUGCCAAAACUAGAGGUAAGUGUAAUGUAAAUAGCAUUCAGUCGUUUCAUAGAUUGUUUAUAUGUUUUGUUUACAUCUCUUCUCAUAUGUGUUUUUGUUCGAAAUGGGGAUGGACUAUUUGAUCCAAUAUAUUCGUUUUAUUUACAGUCGAUUACUUUUCUAGUUCAA